CCAUGGCGUUCGUUGGCGUGUUCCGAGCAUCUUCCGUGGAUCCAACACUCGGAACCUCUCCACCCUCUAAGCCUAACAUGGACUAGCCUUUAUACCCAUGUUUGUUUAUGCUCGUUGCUGUUUACUCCAGAACACAAACACUCCAUUAAAAAUUCCCCCCAUUGCUGCUUGCUAGACGCAACCCGCUUUGGAAACACACAAUCACACACAUAAUGGCCGAGCCAAUGUCUGCGCUCUCUCCGGAGAAGCUCAAUGCUGCAGCCUCUAGUACCGAUAUUUUCCACGAUGAUGCCGAUACAACCUCCUGGCACGAUCCGCCUUCUUCACCAUUUGUCGAGCAUAUCGACCACAACGACCAAGAAAACAUCGCACCUACACCGGUGAAGCCAUUGAUGGAUUUGGAAAACGAUAUGCCGCAAUCGGCGUUCAAGAUCUCGCCAGACAAGAAAAUGACGCCGUUGCAGGAACAGAGCCCGAUGAAGUCGCCUGCGAAGAACCUCCUCGAUGACUUUGAGAGGGAGGCGAUGAAGGCGGACCGCAUGACCCCCGUUAAACCCGAGAGCCCUAUAAAGCAGGCCCUUCUAGAGAGAGAUGGAGAAAGGCCUGGGUCUGCAAUGAGCAGUCGGUCACGCAAAAGCUCGCCGUCGAAGUCGUCACGAACGUCUCUCUUGGAGACAGCAGCGGAAAUCGUUCCUGCCACACCGAAAGGGCUGGCGUCGCCUUUGAAGGAAAACGGUUUGCGCGAGAAUGAGGGGCUUACAGUUGCUAUGCGCAUGAUGGAUGAGUCUCACAGCGAGAGUCAUCAACAGUCCACAACACACAGUAUCCGCAAAAAUAUACUAGACAUUGAGGAUACCGGAGUGGAAGAUACAAUGGAGUACAUGGCUGAUGGACCGGAGAUGUCGAGUCUGGACAUGGACGACACGUGUUUCAGCAACUUCUCUGAGAUGCCUGGCAUUGACAUGACCAAGUUUGCUAUGCUCCGAAACAGCCCUACCAAGAAGGGACUCCCCGACCAGACACCUCGUGCCCGCGCACAAAUGACGCCUUCCACUGUCCGCCGCGCCCAACGCACACCAUCUCCAACACCUCGUCGAUCACGCAAAGAUGGUGACACGACAAAUCUCCUGCUGGACUUUACUGCCCAGCUUGAAGCCUUUUCUACUUCUCGACGCCAAUCGCCGCCGCGCUCAACAACAGAGCCAAAUCUACGUGCAUUCUAUGACACACAACGUUCUCCCAUGAAAGGGGGAGCUUCCAAUGUCCCCGCUACGCCUCGUCAGAACCGCGCCGUGUUGAAUCUGUUAGAUUUUGAACUCCCCCCUGCGCCAACUCCCCGCUCGGUGCCUACGGUCACUAUCCGCGAACUAGAGAGUCUCAAAUCAAACUUUCAGUCCCAGAUCUCAUCGCUCACUGCAAGCCUUUCAGGGAAGGAGGCGCAAGUGGAGAGCUUGGUCAAGGCCAUCUCCGAUGCAGAGCGUCGCGUAGGUGAAGCCCAGGAAUCAGUACGUGAUGAGCGUUCCGCGAGAGAGUACGCGGAGGCACAGAUGGAAGACUGGAAGAAGAAGGGCGAGGAAGUUCAGACCCUGCUCAAGGACGUGCAGUCUGAACUCGGUCGCAACGACGCAGAACGAGAGCAACUUCUCGCACGGCUUGCCGACGCGGAAAAGAAGAACGAAGAGGCAGACCAGCGCGCGUCCGACCUUGAGACUCGACUUAUUGAAGCAGAGAGCAAGAACGUAGACAUGACGACCUUCAUCAACCCAGAUGAGGAAGGCAGUGACAACAAGAAGAUCUACUCGGAACUCGAGUGCCAAACGGCUAUCGCAGAGAAAGUCAACGAAGUGGCGCGCGACCUGCACACAGCGUACAAGGCUAAGCACGAGAAGAAGAUCAAGGCACUCAAGGAGAGCUAUCAACGUAAAGCUGACGAGCGAUGCAAAGAGCUUCGCCUCCAGAUCAUCCGUUUGGAACGCAAGGUCGACGAGGCAGAGAAGAAGCAAGACACCUUUAGCAAGGUUGUUCCAGACGCUCAACUAUCUGCCUCCACGAACGCUACCGCCGACCCUAUUGAAGGCACCUGCGAGUUCUGCAACCGACCCCCUACCUCCUCUCCAACUUCUCUACCUGAAGACCUCAAGCUCCUUGAAUCCCACAAAGCAUCCAUCGAAUCGCUCAAAGCCAAGCUUGCAGGCUUGGAGUCCGAACUCGCCUCCCUACGCACGUCCAACGCGACGCUCGCGCAGGACCUGGAAGCCGAGCGUGUGGAGAAGGGUGAGCUCGUCGCCGCCGCCGAGCAAAUGCUGCUCAUGUGCGGCGAGAAGAUGGAGGAGAUGCAGCAAGAAGACUUCAGGAAGAGUCAGAUUGGCGGCAGUGGACCUCCUACCCAACCUGCUCCCUCGCAACAACCACCGCAAGAAAAGCCUCCUGCUCCCCCUUCUUCCUCCACCUCGGCACUAAAGCGUUCCAUUUCCUCCUCAUUCAACAACAACAACAACUCGAUGCGGAAUACAGGGUUCCUAGCUGGCGGGCCGACGUCCACUUCGUCAUCGACCACAACAUCACGUCCCGGCAGCGCCUUCGGUGACCGCGGUCAUUCAAACUCUACCUCUUCUUCAACCACGACCUCGGGUAUCGCGAAGCCCAGCGGACUAAGAGCGCCUGGUGGUAGCGGCGGGUUUGGCUUUGGACACGGCCGUACCACGAGUGCUAGUAGCAUUGGUGGUGGGGCGGGCAAGAGUCGCAUCUUGAGUAACAUUGAACGCAUGGGUGGAUAA